UCUUCUGCGAAGCGUGAACUGCAGCGUAAAGCUUUAAAGGCGGCUCUUGGUUAAGUGCCAGGCAGUAUCACGCCUCCCGUGGAAGCUGCACGCUGCUGUGAGGCGUCACUUCUGGAUCCGGUGCUGCUGAAUGGGUUAAUAACCUCUUCCCACACGAAGCUGGAGCAGAGGCUGGCACUGGGCAGGAAAAAGCUAUUAUUUCUGGAGCAAUGGCAUAGCGCUGCUAUUUUCACUGCUUGAUUGCUAAGAAUGCUGUAAGAACCAAGGCAGGCUACUUGCAAUUCCCAGCGGUUAAUCUGAUGUAUCUUACUAAUGAGUAAAUGUACUCAGAUGUGUCUUACAGCAAGUGGGGUGGAAGAGAGACAGCUCCAGCAGCACCACCAAGUACAUACACAGGUACACCAGGUGUUGCUGGCAAUUCUUUUGAAGACUGGCGAUUUCUAACUUCUCAUCACUUACAGUAGAAGUGACAGAUGAAGUCAGUGCUGCUCCUGGUAUGCGUGUGGGCAUGUCAGCUUGGGUGGGCUUUAGAGAAGGUGAGUCAGAAAGCUAGCUGUAAUCUGCUGUGGGGUCAGUUUAAGGGGAUCUACAGAAUGCAGCAUUCCCCCAGAUGAGAAAUGGACUCUGAAGACAAUGCAAAUUUCAAUCCAUUGCUGGUGGAGCGCGAGGCUGGAGUUCUGCAUCUAGAACACAACACAGACACCAAAGGGCUCUCUGGAGAUUCUUACUGGUGUAGUUAGUGUGCAUGUGCCACCCCACAGACAGAAUUAAUAGCUUUUAGCAGGAAAGCUGUAGCUAUUCACCUAAAAGCCCGAGAAACAGCAGCAAGACUUAAUGGUGACACUGAAGUUUGUGCUGGAAUGCUGCAUUUGCUUGAAACAAAGCAGCCAGCUGAUAAAAUGCUGCUGCCAGCCUGCUUGGUCCCUUUCACCAGGAGCUGGCAGUCUGUGCUGUUGUAGAGCUGGGCAGGGGCUUAACAGCUGGCUUAGGAAGGAUGCUGGUGCCUGUCUUCUUGAGCAUGAAGGGGAAGAUAUGCGUGAAGAAAGAAUGACUGCUACUGCAUCUUCUGAGAGUUGAAGUAACUUGAGAAAGAUGACCUCGAAUUUUAUCCAUCACUUUCUUAAAAGGAGUCUGAAAAUACAGUGAAGCCUGACGGUGCAGACAGAAGAGUCUUCAAGAAGCUGGACAAUCUGAAAUACUGACCAUGUCUAUUAUGGAUCACAGCCCCACCACGGGAGUGGUGACGGUUAUCGUUACUCUGAUUGCUAUCGCAGCUCUUGGUGCCUUGAUUCUGGGCUGCUGGUGUUACCUGCGGCUGCAGAGGAUCAGCCAGUCUGAAGAUGAAGAAAGCAUCGUGGGCGAAGGAGAAACCAAAGAGCCCUUUCUUCUGGUGCAGUACUCUGCUAAAGGACCCUGCGUAGAGAGGAAAGCCAAGCUAACUCCAAAUGGCACAGAUGUACAUAGCUAACUUGGAGCGACACGUGGACUGUGGCUAUGAUGUGUGUAACCAGCAGAAUCUAUACUGUGAAGAACUUGUUCACAUGCACACUACGCAUCAGAACACCUCCAUGAGACUUUUAAGCAUUGUCUGCAACUGCACACACAGAGAAGUUGCUCUCUGCAUCAACUGUAGAUCCUAAUUCCUCCACAGGAGGAAGACUCACAGGACACAGGAGCUGACUCGUCUGGCAUAAAGUCCAUUGCUGGCAAUGGAUGCAAAGAUAUCUUGGUGCAAAGAGACUAACAGCAUUUUUUUGUUACUUGAAUGUUCAGCUGAGCCUAUUUUGAUGGAACCACUACUGUACUGUGAACUACUUUACAACUGUGAACUGUAAAUAGGCUGCCAGAAGCUUUAUGCUUUGCAUUCACAGCAUAUGAGAAUAGCAUGACGCAACUGCACAUAACACGAGGGGACACUGAACCACAGCUGUCGAUGGGAAUCCCGAUUUUCAAACCAGACAUGUGGUUAAAGCUUGCUUCUGCUAUUAACUUCUGAGUGCACAGCCAAAAGGUCAAAACAGCACCGGCUUACUGGACUGGUGUAGAAUACUUUCUUUAAAAAGGUGUAAGCCUACAAUAAUACGCUGAGGGAAGAAACACAGGAGCUUCACGAAAGGAAAUAACUUCCUUCAGUUACAGCUAGGCAUUGGUUAAGCAUCUGGCUGCUAGAGCAGAUUUUGCUAAUCACAUGGCAACUGCAAGGAAACUGCCAUUGUGAUGGAUUCUGACCUGGGAACUAAUGAUGGUCACCAAACCCUCGGGGUGGUCCAGAAGGUUUCCAGCAGUGUGAAGUGGCAGUAGAGCAGGCUUUUUCUCUUCUGUGUUUCUGCAUGCUGAAACAGCAGAAGUUUUUACCUAUUAAAACUGGCAUAAAUGCAACUAAUGAAUUUUUCCUAGGACCUCGUGUAAUUAGCAGCUUGGGUAUAUGUAAUCAAGAUAUUAAUGGCCUGUUGUAAAAAGGCAUUUUAGACUAAGACAGUCAGGUAUAGAAUUCAGUUCCUGUAUCUUGUAAAUGACUCUCGGUUUAACUCCACAAGAUACAUUUCAGCCUCUUCUAUGAGAAAUAAUGCUGACAGGGUGAAAGAUUUCUGGUUUGUUUGCAGCCUUCAAGCUAGCAACUGAAAAUACUUCCAAGUAAGGAGAUCUUUUUAUUUUCUGCUCUAUACUAUAGUUCAGCUACUGAAACUGCAACAAGAUGUGUCAAAUAGGGGGUUCUAAACUCAAAUACUUGAGAGAGGGACAGAGCUAAGCAACCAAGACCUGCUUUUGCCUACCCUAGAACUAUUAGGCUCUCUCAAGCAUCUCUGUGCCUAAUUUCAAUUUCAAACACUUAACUGCAUAGGAUAAAAAUUUACUGUAACGAUUUGUUUCUUGAAAUAUACUACAAAUAAUCAAAUCCAACUUUUGUUUUUCUAGCUGACCAGGAAGUGAUUACUGCUGCUUGUCCCUGUACAUAUGAAAUAACUAAGUAACACUGGCUUAGCAAAAUGAUAAUGGCAUUGUCAUAGUUAAUAAAGUCUUGUCCCUUCCUUCCAGAGUAAGACAUUGUAUUGUAUUUUUAGUGCUACGUUUGGUUUCUUUCAUUGAAGGCUAGAAUUUGAAGCAGAAAAGAAUACUGGCAGUAGGGAAAAGCUCCUGCAGUUGCUUUUAGAAUACAGCUGGCAGAGCUGUCCUUGCCCUGGCACAUGCUUCUUAAGAUGUCAGUGGCAGGAGACUGGCAUACAUGCAGCCAGACCCAUACACCUAGACCUGUGUAUUAUAGAAAUCCUAGAAAUUAAGGAGAAAAGGAUUAAUUCAGUAAGAUUUUUCUUUAGUUUUGUUUCACUAGAUAACAGUUCACACAUGGCUCUUUCAGAUUUCAAGACAGUCAGGUAACUGGUAUACAAAAGUGAUACAAAGUGCUGAAGUUCUUGAAUAAAGUAUUUUGUCCAUUCAAGUUCACUGAUCACAGAGAUGAAGUAUUUCAUUUUAAUUCUGCAAACAAUGCGAUGAAAAGGGCAAAUUUCAGAAGUUUAUGGAGAAGUGUACAUUAAAGGUCUAGCUUUUCUUCUAGCAGCUGUUACAGAGAAAGCUGGUGUAAAAAUAAUUGGUCCUUAGAGAUGCUUUAUGCUGCUGCCCCUAAACAUCAGCAUCUUUAAUUUUAAAUGGAUAGGUGUUUGCAAGUUAGUGCAAUAGUAAAGUGCAGAAAGUUUUCCAUACUCCUUCUCUUCACUUUAGAAUGGGGUACCUAAUAAGUUGUUCAAGUAUACAAAAAUAUUCCAUUUGAUUUUCUUUUUCUAGAUCAUGUGGGAGAAGUCUUUAUUUACAGUGGAUUUCAAUAAAAUUUGCAUAAAUA